CCCAUAUGUAUAUUUAAUAUUUUCCUGUUUUUCUUAAUUAUAAAUAAAGAUGAUUCACUUGAAUUGUAUGUUUAUAAUGACAUACAUAUGAUAAGAGUGAAACAGUAUGAACUACAAGCUUAUACCAAUAAUUUGUGUUUUGUGCCUUUAAGUAUGAAGUACUCGUAUAUAACACUUUUGAUAUUGCUGGUACAACAAACAUCGUGUAAUGAUGAUGAUGAAACUGUUGACUGGAUAACAAUGGGAAGAAAUGUGCACCUGACAAGCAGAAAAGAUAGCAACGCCUGUGUUCUGGACAGUGGCGAGCCGGGAGAAUGUGUUCGACAUUACCUUUGUGAUCUAGAUUCACAAACAGUCAUCACUGAUGGAAGAGAUAUUAUAAGUUUCAGGAAGUCGCGAUGCCCCAGCGCUGAGGUGUGUUGCAGGACGUCAGAUAUUAGUGACCGUAACUCUGGACCUCGGACCAACAAACAAGAAGAUAUUCCCGUCACAGGAUGUGGAUGGGACAAUCCUGAAAUCAAUUUAUCAAAAGGGACGAGCAAGCAUAACAGUUUAGACGCUGACAUUGGUGAUUUUCGUUUCAUGGUUGCAGUAAUGAGGCGGACUAGGGCUACUAAAACAUUGCGGUCCCGUCGCAAUUUAAUCUGUGGUGGAGCGCUGAUUCACCCUUCGGUCGUGGUCACUGUUGAGCACAGAAUGACAAACAUGACAGCAAACCAGUUAAAAUGCCGUGCCGGAGAGUACAAUUUAGAAGAUGGUAAUGAAGAAAACCCUCACCAAGAGCAGAACGUGAAGAAAAUCUCUCAUCAUGAGGAGUACUUUAGACCGUCAUUGUACAACGACGUGGCACUGCUGUUCCUCGAGUCACCGUUCCAGCUGGCACCAAACGUGGGCGUGGCAUGUCUGGGGAAGGUUCUCCCGGAUCCAGGAACUAGAUGCUUCUCCAUGGGCUGGGGGAAAUAUAACCAAAAACGAUCCAAAGAAAAAGAUCAGAGAGCUGUUAUACUAAAGAAGAUAAGUUUGCCUCUCGUGAGCAAAGAGGACUGCGAGACGGCCUUACAGAACGAAUACUUUGGUAAAUACUUCCGGCUGCACGAGUCACUGAUGUGCGCUGGGGGGGAGGCUGGUGACACCUGCGCAGAAGACGGUGGCUCUCCUCUUGUCUGCGUCUCGAAGACACACAAGGAAUACACGCGGUACUCGGUGUAUGGCCUUGUAGCAUACGGGAUAGAGUGCGGCAAAGAGGGCUUGCCCUCUGUGUACACAAACAUAGCGCAUAUUCGAGACUGGAUCGACGAGCAAAUGAACAAAGAAGAAUUCGAUUCUAGCUCUUAUAAGAUUGUUUAAUUAAACAAUACCUCAACUGACUAACAAAA